AUGGCGCAGGCUCCUCUGUUCCGUCUUCAGUGCGGCGUCAACUCGUACGAAUGGGGCAAAAAGGGCAGCGAGUCGGCCGCUGCUCGGUACGCCGCCGCCACGCCCUCGGACGACCUGACGAUCCAAGCUGACAAGCCCUACGCCGAGCUGUGGAUGGGCACUCACCCCUCCAACCCCUCCAAAGACCUCAAGACCGGCCGCACGCUCCUCGACCUCUGCUCCGAGAACCAGAGCCUCCUCUCCGAGCCCGUCUCUGCCAAAUACGGCGCCAAGCUGCCCUUCCUCUUCAAGGUCCUGUCCGUCAACAAGGCCCUCUCCAUCCAGGCCCAUCCCAACAAGAAGCUCGCCGAGCAGCUGCACGCCCGAGACCCCAAAAACUACCCCGAUGACAACCACAAGCCCGAGAUGGCCAUUGCCAUCACCCCCUUCGAGGGUCUGUGUGGAUUCAGGCCGCUGGGCGAAGUUGCACACUUUCUGGAGACGGUCAAGCCCCUAAGGACUCUGGUUGGCGAGGACGAGGCGGCGCAGUUUGUCCAGGCCGCCAAGAACGAGGGCGGCAAUGAAGCGUCUAAGAAGAAGGCUCUGCAAAGGGCAUUCGGCGGCCUAAUGUCCUCUUCUGCCGAAGACGUUGACAAGGAAAUUGGCAACCUUGUGGCGCUUGCCAAGUCUGAGGGAGCCGAUUUCGCUGCUGGUGGCGUGGCCUCUACCAAGGGCGACGUCCUUGUCGAGCUUGUCACCCGACUUCACGGCCAAUACGGCUCCGACAUUGGCAUCUUCGUGCUCUUCUUCCUCAACUUUGUCACUCUGCAGCCCGGCGAGGCCCUGUUCCUCGUUGCCGACGAUAUCCAUGCCUACGUCUCCGGCGACAUCAUCGAAUGCAUGGCGGCCUCUGACAAUGUAGUCCGUGCUGGCCUGACGCCCAAGUUCAAGGAUGUGUCCACCCUAGUCGACAUGCUCACGUACAACUAUGCGCCCAUCGACGAGCAGAAGAUGAACCCCGCCGAAUACCCCUACGCGACACUUAACCGGACUGCUUACAGCUCUGCAUCGGAGGUCAUGCUAUACGAUCCCCCAAUUGAAGAGUUUAGCGUCGUGCGCACUCUGCUCCGCGGAGAGGGAGCAAAGGCUACAUUUGAUCCUCUCGAAGGCCCCAGUAUCGUCAUCUGCACCAACGGCAAGGGCACAAUCGCCGUCGGGGACGCCAAGCACGAGAUUGAAGAGGGACAUGUUUACUUUGUCGGAUCUACUGCUGAGCUGAUCCUGGAGUGUGCAGUUGGCAAGGAGGAGGAGUUUACGACAUUUAAGGCUUUCUGCGAGAUUGGAUCAGAAAAGGAGAAGCUAUAA